UCUUUUUCCCGGAAGAGGAUCAUUUUUGAGUUUGGCACUCAGGGAGCUUGUAACUUUUUGGGGGGUUUCUUUCCCCUCUUGCUUUGAUUUGCAAGGAUGAGCUUCAGCACAGGGAGCCAAGAUUCAAAUUCCUCUUGUAGUAACUACUCUUCAAGCCAGGAGACUGAGACUAUUCAGACUGCUAGCAUCAGCAGCUCCCUGCAGUCCAUUCCUUACAGCAAGCUCACCAACCUCACGUUUAUUAAUAGGGGGGCGUAUGGGACGGUAAACAGAGCCUGCCAUGCAGACUGGAGAGUGAAAGUGGCUGUUAAGUUCUUUCCAAUGGAGCGCCACCUAGAGGCAAGGGAAAGAGACAAGAUCUUAAAAGAAGCUGAAAUUUUACACAAAGCCAGAUUUAGUUACAUUCUUCCAAUACUGGGAAUUUGCAAUGAGAAUAAUUACCUUGGAAUAGUGACGGAAUACAUGACCAAUGGAUCAUUAAACCAGAUGUUACACCAGGAAAACCCAGCUCCUGAAAUAGUAUGGCCAUUGCGUUUCCGUAUACUGUAUGAGAUUGCACUUGGAGUAAAUUUCCUUCACAAUAUGGAACCUUCUUUGCUUCACCAUGACUUAAAGACACAGAAUAUUUUGCUGGACAGUGAGUUUCAUGUCAAGAUUGCCGACUUUGGUCUCUCAAAAUGGCGCAUGUUUUCAUCAUCACAUUCUCUAAGUGAUCAGAGCUCACCUAGGGGGACAAUUGUUUAUAUGCCACCAGAGGAGUACGAACCUAGUAUCAAAAACAGGCGAGGAAGCGUCAAACAUGAUAUGUACAGUUAUGCGAUUAUUAUGUGGGAAGUUCUGUCCAGAAAACAGCCUUAUGAAGGUGCCACAAACCCUUUGCAAGUUAUGUACAGUGUUGCUCAAGGGAAGCGGCCUGACCUUAGUGAGGAAAGCUUGCCCUUCAAUAUACCUCACCGAGAUAUAUUUGUCUCGUUUAUGGAGAGAGGGUGGUCCAAGGAACCAGAUGAAAGACCAGCUUUUUUAAAAUGUUUGAUGGAGCUUGAGCCAGUGGUCCAAAAUUAUGAUGAGAUUUCUAUACUGGAAGGAAUACUCCAGAUAAAGAAAGCUAGAAGUAAUGUUAAUUCAGACUCUGGGCAAUCACAGAAGGAUUCAUACACACCAGAGAAACCACCAAGGUACACAACCCCUUCAGAUGAAAGCAAGUAUAAUGAGCCCAUAGCACCACCGUGCACACCGUACUACUUUCCAGGUCCUUCAGAUGCCGAUAAAAUACCAAUUUCAAUUUAUGUAACAGGUCCCAUACAGGAAUCAUCAUCAUCAUCAUCUUUAGAAAAGUGGAUUCAAAGUAAAAGGAGUGAAAUUGUCGAUCAAAUGACUGAAGCUUGUCUUAACCAAUGCCUGGAUUCCCUUAUUUCAAAAGGACAUCUAAUGAAGGAAGACUAUGAACAAAUUAGGUCUAGAGAUACAAGGUGCUCAAAAGUGAGGCAGCUGAUUGAUACGUGUGACAAACAAGGAGAACAAUUUGCCAGAAUUGUUGUGCAGAAGUUGAUAGACAACAAACAGAAUGGUCUUCAGCCUUUCCCUGAGACAUAAUUGGUCUUAAUAUUCAGCUGGGACACAUAAGCAAUAUAACAUUAUAAAUUACUUUAUUUAAAGGCUACUUUUCUAAUACAUUAAAAUAGAUUUUUAGGUAAAGGUGGUUUUACACUUAAAAGGUUGUUUUGUUUUAUGAAAU